CACCCAACCGUUAGCUCUUCAAGCUAGCUCAACAAUGAACAGUUAUUAGUGUUUUUACUUGAUAGCAAAUGAAGAUUUGUUCCAUUUUUGAGUAAAAUAGCAGCGGGAACAGCUGAUAAGCAGGUUAAAAUGUCUAAAGGGGAGACUCUGAGAGGAUUUGUGACGGAAAGACUCUCCGCUGUCUCCCAGGAGAUCUUAGCGGUGGUCGACGGGAUCGUAGCCGAGUAUGAGGCGGAGGCGUCGGGCUUCAGAGAGGAGAUCGACCGGCAGAGGAAGCAGCUGGAGGUUCUCCUGGAGCCGCAGCUGACAGCGAACCAAACCGAUGGAAGGCGCAGUAAGAGGCUUUUGGAUGAAGAGAAGUGUGAUGAUGAGGAGGAUGGGACCCAGGAGGACCUGACUAAUACCAACCCAUCACGGGUUCGGUUUAAGAAGAGGAGGCCCGGCAGACCUCAGAUCAGUGAAACACAGAACCACAUAGCCCUCAGAAUCCGGAUCCUAGAGGACCCUAAAACCAGUGUGCUCUCAAAUAACAUUCUUAAGAAAUGCCCGCUGCUGAAGCUGAACUGUCCUCGAGGACUACAGGAGAAAGACUUCCUGGACCUCCUAAGGUCCACUUUCCCUCAGCUGUCUGGAGACGACAAACAUUUCGACAUCCUGACGUCUGAUCAGAGACGAAGAUUAGAGCCUUUAAAACUGACGACGGUGACACCAGAGGAAAUCCACAGACUCAUGAGCUGCACAGAAUCAAAGAAGUCGCCGAUCUACGUACGACUGAAGGAGUCUCAGGCUAACCAGGAUGGAACUGAUCCUCUACAGAAAAAAGACUCUCGGCCUGCCUCUGCUGUGUUGAUAUGUGAUGAAAGCAGGCUUCAAACAAGCAGCCCUGUUCAGGACGUUGGAGGCAGUAGAGGUGAGGUGUCAAGCAGCUCAACAUCACAUCUAAAAGACAUGGGAACAGGAGACGGGAAUGAAAAUGAUGGAGGAAUUCCAGACCCAUGUGAGGACUUAGUAACUGUCUCUGCAGCUAAGAGUAAAGUGGGUGAUAGUGAUCCUACUGAAGAGGAAGACAAAAGAGGUGUAAAUGACAGUGAUGAUGACUGGAAACCAGACAAGGAUGUGGAGGAGCUGAAAGAGAGCGACUCUGAACUGUUUUCAGAGACUCCCAAGAGACAAAAACCCAGACGAUCUGGUGUCAAGACAAACGAGAACAGGGCAGAAGACAGAAGCGAUCCCACCUGCAAAGUUUGUGCAGCAUUGCAGAAAUCAGAGGUAACACUCGUCAAACACGCCUGGAUUCAUGUAGAGGACUCUGGAACUCUUUGUGGAGUUUGUGGUGAACUUUUAGCAUCUGUAGAGGAACUGGAGGAACAUCUUGCCAUCAAUCACAGGACUGAUGACUGUGACAUUUGCGGAGAGUCCUUUUUAGAUAAUCCAAGCUUCAAUGAGCACGUGGCCGCCCACUCAGGAGAGAAACCAUACGAGUGUGACGUUUGCUCUGAGAGGUUUGCUUUGACUGUGUCUCUGGAGAAUCACAGAAAACUCCACCAGGCUGAAAAGCUGCAUAAAUGCCACACUUGUAAUAAAGUGUUUGAGCUGAGGUCUCAGUUAAAGGCUCACCGCAUGACUCACACACACCUCUGCGGAGUGUGUGGUAAAUCGCUCAGUGACUACAGGUCCUUAUCCCGCCAUAAGAUGACACACACCGGGGAGAGACCUCACAGCUGUAAGGUCUGUGGGAGGAGUUUCAAACUGCCGGGCACGCUCAGACAGCACGAGAAGAUUCACACAGACAGAGAGAGAUCCUACCUCUGCGACGUCUGCUGUAAAAUGUUCCUGACGAGCAAGCAGCUGCAGAUCCACAUGAGGACGCACACCAACGAGAAACCCUACCACUGCGGCGAGUGUGGGAGAGGAUUCACCACCAAGGGGCCUCUCACGGUUCACAUGCGCGUCCACACGGGGGAGACGCCGUACCGCUGCCCCGACUGUGGCUGGUCCUUCAAACGGAAGGUUCAUUUGGACAACCAUGUGACGGUCCAUUCAGACCUCAAACCGUUUGUUUGUGGGAUUUGUGGGAAAGCGUGCGCUCGAAAAGUGUACCUGAAAGUCCACAUGAGGACGCACAACGGCGAGAGACCGUACAAGUGCAACCUCUGUGAUAAAGCCUUUACCCAGAGCCACUGUCUGAAAACGCACAUGAAGAGCCACCUGGUGACGGAAAUCACAACAUGACGCUCUGAGGCAGCGCUACUCAACCCUGGACCAACAAAGAGCCCAACUGUUGAAAAAGAACCACAAUCGAAGUGGUGAAAAGUGGCAAUAAAAAAAAAAGUUAAAGUAGGCCAGUGGUUUUCAAAGUGUGUGAGAGUGAGCCUCCCCUAAGAAGAAAUUAUUCAUUUGGUGGACC